AUGAAAGUAUCUAGAAGACUUAGUGACAGAUGUAGUAAUCAUGGUCAAAAUGAAUCAAGUGGUCAUUCACAAAAUGUUAUUCACAACAACACCAACUAUAAUAAUAAUAAUAAUAGUAUGGAGAAAGCAGCGCAAGAAGAGUUGUUAAUAUCAACAGAUUUAAAAGAGAAUGGCAAUAAUAAUAAUGCUAUUAAUAAUAACAAUAAUAGUCAUGGUAUAAUGGAUCAUUAUAGUCCACAGAUAAGUAAAAAUGAUAAUGAUGAAAAUGACUGGGAUUCACCGUCAACUGAAUCACGUUUAGUAAUGUCUACAACAACAACCACCUCUGCACCGCUGGCAUCAUCAGUCAAUACAAGUCCUGCUGAUGAAAAAUUAUCAAUACUUAAAGCGAAUGAUGUCAACAAUAAACAGAUACAACAAGAAGAUGAAUCAAUGGUGAUGAUGACGACAAGUGUAAAGAAUUAUCGGUAUACACAGGAGAAUAGUUGGUAUAUGUUUCGAAAUUGUUUUGGUCUGUGCUGUUUCAAACCGCCUGGUGGUAAGGAAAGAUGUUUGGAUUAUUGGUCGAAAUAUACUUUAACUAUGAGAGAAUGUUGGAUACAUUGCAUAAAUAUUUGGUGCGUAUUUUUCUGUUCAUUAUCCAUAUUCCCUGCAGUUCAAUCCCGAGUGAGACCAGUUAAUCCAGACUAUUUUAUUUCACCUGUUUGGUUUGUUGAUGUGACCUGCUUUCUGUUCUUCAAUCUAUUCGCUAUGCUCGGUUGUGUUCUAUGCAACUGGAUCCAAUUUCCAGGACCACGUUUUCUAUGGAUACCUGUAUGGCUGCGUACUCUGUUCUUUAUCCCCUUCUACUUAUCAUGUAAUUUUGCCAUUGAAAAACCUCAUCUACCUGUACUCAUUACAAAUGAUCAUGUAUAUGUAUUCGGUUGUAUUAUAUUUUCAUUCACUAAUGGAUAUCUUGCAUCAUUGGGUCUAAUGUAUGCACCAAGGUAA